AGCAGAAAUUAUACUGUUUGGCAACAAAGCAUUUGAGGAUGAAAUCAACUGCUUGGCAUUUUCCUUUCGAUCAGGCUAAUCACACAAGCUCCAUCUAUAUAAGUGCUCCGUCCUCCAUUAACGAAAGGAGGAAGGAGAAGAGAAAGGAUGGCGGAGAAAGCCGAGGCGAUCGCCGGCGAUGCAGAGAAAAGGGUUAUGGUGGUGGCGUUCGACGAUAGCGAGCACAGCAUAUACGCGCUGCACUGGACUCUCCGCCACUUCUUCGCCGGCGCUCACGGCGGCGGCCCCCUCACAGAUGUUUAUAAACUCCUCAUCUUGCACGCUGCCGCCGGCCCUUCUCCGGUCAUCGGCCUCGGAGGCCCCGGAGUUGCUGCUGUUCUUCCCAAAGUAGAGUCAGAAUUGUGGAAAAUUUCAGAUCAAGUGAUUGAGAAGGCAAGGGAGAUAUGUGUCAGUAAUUCAGUAGUUGAUGUGGCAUAUGAGGCGAUCCAAGGAGAUGCAAGGAAUGUUAUCUGUGAUGCUGUUGAAAAGUUCCAUGCAGACGUGCUUGUUGUGGGAAGCCAUGGCUAUGGAGCUGUUAAAAGGGCUGUGCUGGGAAGCGUGAGCGACUACUGCGCACACCAUGCAAACUGCACCGUGAUGAUAGUGAAGAAACCAAAGGACAAGCAUUGAUGUCUCUCAUAGCAAUGAUGCUACAAGCUCAUAAAAACUAUUUUGUUUCAAAAUUAUCUGAAUCUAGUUUCUU